AUAAUCUAGUGGACGGUUCUUCAUAAACAGCUCGUCAACCACCUCGGUAGCUUGCUAGCCAACAUAGCCGAAAGAUUCAAACUAUUUAUUCGCUUUCGGUGUAUAUUACCUACUGUGUUUUCGACACACUUAGGUAGUAUCUACUUGUUAACCUAUUUAAUUUAAUAUUACGUUAUUUUGUAUGAGUCAGCUAUAGUAGCUGGCUGGUUAAGUUAGCAUUAGCCUAGUCGCUAAUGAUAGCUAGCUAGCUAUUAUCCCCGACCAUGAGCUCACUAAAUAUCCCCCCUCUCGUUAAAGAAGAGGGGGUCUGCUGGACGGAGAAAGAAGCUCUGGGGCAGAAUAUUGUCGUGAAAGAGGAGAAGGAAGAAGAUGAUGUGAUAGUAAAACAAGAAGUAGAGGAUGAGGCUGUUACAGUGAAAGAAGAAGAGAAAGACGCAUUCAGAGUGGAAGAGGAUGUUACAUUGAAAGAAGAGGAAGAGAAAGAGGAGGAGGCAGUUUUUGGAGUGAAGAAGGAGAAAGAGGGAGAGAUAACGGUCAUAUUGACAGAGGAAUCAGGAGAUCUGAUUACCACCAGAGAGAGACCAGACUCUGACAGCGGGAAGAGUUCCUCAGAGGAAACAGACCCAGAGACGCCUAACCAACACCACUGCUCCCACUGUGGAAAGAGUUUUAGGUGGUUAUGGGUCCUGAAAACGCAUGAGAGAAUACAUACAGGAGAAAAGCCGUAUCACUGUUCUCACUGUGGAAAGAGUUUUAGGUUGUCAAGUAGUCUGAAAAUGCAUGAGAGAAUACACACAGGAGAAACGCCGUAUCACUGUUCUCACUGUGGAAAGAGUUUUAGGUUGUCAAGGAGUCUGAAAACGCACGAGAGAAUACACACAGGAGAAAAGCCGUAUCACUGUUCUCACUGUGGAAAGAAUUUUACUCAGUUAGGGGCCCUGGUUGGGCAUGAGAGAAUACACACAGGAGAAAAGCCCUACCACUGUUCUCACUGUGGAAAGGGUUUUAGGAUGUCAGGGAGUCUGAAAACGCAUGAGAGAAUACACACAGGAGAAAAGCCGUAUCACUGUUCCCACUGUGGAAAGAAUUUUACUCAGUUAGGGGCCCUGGUUGGGCAUGAGAGAAUACACACAGAAGAAGAGCCAUAUCACUGUUCUCACUGUGGAAAGGGUUUUACGUGGUCAGGGAGUCUGAAAACGCAUGAGAGAAUACACACAGGAGAAACGCCUUAUCACUGUUCUCACUGUGGAAAGAGUUUUAGGUGGUCAGGGACUCUGAAAAUGCAUGAGAAAAUACACACAGGAGAAAAGCCGUACCACUGUUCUCACUGUGGAAAGAGUUUUAGGUGGUCAGGGAGUCUGAAAACGCACGAGAGAAAACACACAAGAGAAAAGCCUUUCCAACACACUAAUACACAGGAGGAGACAACAUACCACUGCUCUCAUUGUGAAAAGACAUUUUCCCAGUCAGAGGACCUGAAAACACACGAGAGAAUAGAGAGGCUGUGUUCUGACUUGUGUUUCUGACUGAGAAUUUGUCCACGGCCAGGAUUCACAGGACCAGGGUGUCCGCUAUGGACACCUGGAAGAAAUCAGCAGCGGACAUUUCUGAAGGUUUAUCCAACAGACCUGUACAUCCAUGAAUGGGUCUCUAUAAUGUGUAACUAUUUCUGAAGGUUUAUCCAACAGACCUGUACCACCAUGAAUGGAUCUAUAAUGUGUAACUAUUUCUGAAGGUUUAUCCAACAGACCUGUACAUCCAUGAAUAGAUCUAUAAUGUGUAACUAUUUCUGAAGGUUUAUCCAACAGACCUGUACAACCAUGAAUGGAUCUCUAUAAUGUGUAACUAUUUCUGGAGGUUUAUCCAACAGACCUGUACAUCCAGGAAUGGGUCUCUAUAAUGUGUAACUAUUUCUGCUGUAUUGUGAUGUAUUGUUUAAUAGAUGUACUAUGUUAGGUAUAUUUAUCUGUGGUUUUAUUUCAACAGAUUUUACUGAUGCUAUUAGAUUGCUGGGUGGGGGGAGUUUUAUAUAUACAGAGACUUCAGAAAGUUUUCACACCCCUUGACUGGUCCCACAUGUUGUUGUGUUACAUCCUGAAUUUAAAAUGUAUUUUUAUUUCACCUUUAUUUAACCAGGUAGACUAGUUGAGAAGAAGUUCUCAUUUGCAAUGACACAUACAACAACACAGAGUUACACAUGGAAUAAACAAACAUACAAUCAAUUACACAGUAGAAAAAUCUAUAUACAGCAUGUGCAAAUAAGGUAGGAUAAGAGAGGUUAGGCAAUAAAUAGACCAUGGUGGCGAAGUAAUUACAAUAUAGCAAUUAAACACUGGAAUGGUAGGGAAUGUGAAUAGCAGAAGAUGAAUGUGCAAGUAGAGAUACUGGGGUUAAAUGGAUUCAAUACCCCAUAAUGUCAAAGUGGAAUUACGUUUUUGGAAAUGUUUACAAAUGUAAUUAAAAGCCUAAAUAAGUUCA